UCCGCCCUGCAGAACAGAUCCCGCUUCCUUCCUCCCACACCUCGAGCCUGGAAGGAGCUGGUGCCCGGGGAGGAGGAGGCCCUGGGCCCCGAGGAGGAGCCGGUGGAAGCCCUGCUGGGGCUGGUGCGCAGCCCCCAGUCGCCCUGGGCACUGCCAGGGGACUCCAGCGCUGAGGACCGGUUCCUCCGAGAGCUGGCCAUCCAGAGCCCAAGGAGGAUCAGAGACACCUUCUUCUACUCCUACUUCCGGUCCCUGCGGGUGGUGGACAAGCAGAUUAGCCAGGUGGACAAAGACCUCCUGAAGUUCCUGAAGCUCGAGGAGCUGGUCCUGAGCGCCAACCGGAUCAAGGAAGUUGAUGCCGCCAACCUGCCUCCCACACUCAAGGUGCUGGAGCUGUACGGCAAUGAGCUGAGCAGCAUGGAGUGUCUGUGUGCGCACCCGCCACCCGGCCUGCGCCACCUGGGGCUGGGCCACAACCAGCUGCGCGGCCCCUCUGAAAGCCUCUAUGUCACCGCCAGUCACUGGCCCAGCCUCGUCUCCCUGGACCUGAGCUUCAACGGCCUGACGGACCUGCGGGCCAUGGUGGCCGCGCUGCGCUCGCUUGGCCGCCUGCGGCUGCUGGUGCUGCAGGGGAACCCGCUGGCGCUGCUCCCGCACUACCGCGGCUUCACCGUGGACAGCCUGGCCCGGCUCUGCGUGCUGGACGACGUCACCGUGUCCCCGCCCGAGAGGCACCAGUGCCGCGGGCUGGGCCAGCAAGGUGAGCUCCUGACGCAGGAGGCGCAGCUGCUGGUGACCAUCGGAAACAUCGGGGGUGUCGUGGACUCGUCUGUCUUGGACCCCGAGCCCGGGCCCGAGGGACCCUUUAUCAGCUACAGCUACUAUGUGACCUACGACUUCUUAGAAGAGGAGGAGGGCGAGGCCAGCGAGUACGGCGGGGUCCUCGCCGAGAUCGUGAAGCCCCUGUCCAGCGCCGAGCUGCUCGGGGAGGAGGUCCCCGAGGAGGGCGCAGAGGAGGACGUGGCCGAGGAGUCCGUAGAGUCGGUGGAAACCACGGAGCAGGCGGAGUCCGAGUCUUCUGUCGUUUCGGGCCGCUCGGCUCCCCAGCCGCCGUCUAUGGACUCUGCCGAGGAGCUGGCGAAGUUGCGGCCGCGCAUGGAUCCGCGGCUGUGCCCUGCCCCCGGGACAGUCCUCUUCAGCACAGACCACAAGCCCUGGGCUGACAUCAUCGCCUGCAACUAUGAGGCACAGCACAGUGUCAGGGACCUGGGACCCCUCAAAGCCUUCCUGCUGGCAGGGACCACCGUGACCAUCGUGGAGGAGAAGAUCCUCUCCUGGCCUGUGGCGACCCCUCCUAGCAACAGUCCUCUGGCAGCCAAGAAAGGGAAAGGGGCAAAUGACAAGAAGAAGGACAAGGACAAGAAGGACAAAGACAGGAAAGACCAGAAGGGGAAAGCAGAAGAGCCCUCGAAGGAACAGAAGGCUUCACAGAGGAAGAGAGAUGCCCCCAAGGAGCUGCGCCAGGACCCACCCGUGCUACAGGUGCUGGGCAGCAGCCUGGUAGCUCUGGAGCCACUCCUGACCGGGGAAGCCGUGGUGUCCACUGUGUGCAACUUUGGGGUGGUUCGCACCCCGGAAUCAGACAGGCUGACAUUUGUCAGGGACUCAAAGAAGAUUAAGAAAGGAGCCAAGAAAGAAAAGUCGAAGUCAGUAGCUCCGGUCUUCGAAAGCGACUACCAGCCUGAGCCACUGACUGUGGAGGUCGAGAUCCAGCUGGGCCAGGUCCGCUCGGUGGAGGAGGCUCUGCGCGCGAUCGCCAACCAGGCGCGGGCAGAGUAAAACCGUGCAGAGUGAAACCAUGCGAAGACCUUAGCCCGAGUCAUGCUUGUCGGGACCGGGACUGGUGCGGCGCCC